GUGGAGGCUGAACCUGCCCAGGUUCUGUUAAAACCUUUUCUUGUUUAGGUCUGAAGAUGUGAUUGCAGUUCUCCCUCCACCCCAGUACUCUUGAGAAAACCCAAAUUGUGUUUCCGUCUGUUUUUCUAUUGUGAUAUGGAAGAAAGCGAAGAUGUGCCAAAAGAUUUUAUCAAGCUCAAGUCCGAAAAACUCUCUGUAGAUGAAGUGUCAGAGCUGGUUGUUUCACCAUACUGUGGGGCAGUGUCUCUGUUCAUUGGUACUACAAGAAAUAAUUUUGAAGGAAAGAAAGUGAUUCACUUAGAAUAUGAAGCCUAUACUUCAAUGGCAGAGACUGAAAUAAAGAAAAUCUGCAGAGAUGUUAGACAGAAAUGGCCUUCAGUCAAACAUAUUGCAGUGCACCAUAGACUUGGUGUGGUUCCAAUAACUGAAGCAAGUGUAAUUAUUGCAGUCUCCUCUCCGCACAGAGCAGAAUCCCUUGAAGCUGUAAUGUACUGCAUCAAUACCUUAAAAGCAUGUGUCCCAAUAUGGAAAAAGGAGAUUUAUGAGGAUGAAUAUUCUUGGAAAGAAAACAAGGAAUGCUUUUGGGCAAAUUCAGAAAAAUAAUUGUACUCUUUUGAAAAUAAAGUGUUACUCUUCCUAAUGA